UCCCAGGUUACAUGCAUGGCUUGCUGUAAUAUCUCAUCUAGACAUGAACCUUUCCUUGACCUGUCCCUGGAAUUCCCCAGGUGUUUCCAGUACACCAGCAGCCAGGUCAAGCGCAACAUGUGCCACGUCACAGGUAAAGUGCGACACUAUUUCAUUAACAAUGUAACAUGUCAUUGAGUCAGUAAGAAGACUUGAAUUGUAGAGUCUGUGAUGUAGAAAUGUCUAUUUAACACAUGACCCACUGCUUUUUUGAUCAAAGUAAUGUUUAUAAAAGGCUAUACUAAAAAUAGUGCUACUUAUAUAAACAAGUGUCUUGCUAACAAUAUUAUACUCUAAUUCCUUUACAAAUUUGACUUUUCUGUAGAGAAAUUAUUUAAGUAUAACAAAGGCAAUGGUAAAUGUUUUUGUCUUUUCUUUCCUUAGAAAUGCUGUCAACAUUCACUGAUGUAGAGGAA